AAACGGAAAACAGCGGGCCGGUUUGAACGGAAGAACUCGUCGCUGUGGUUACUGCCAGGGGCCGUCCAGGAAAGUUUCAUUCGCCUUUAAAGACAGAGGAGAGAUUGAGAGCGGAUAGAGGAUAAAUAUAAGGGGCAUUUUAGCAUUGUUUUAAGGCUGUCCGUUGCGAUGACGUCACGCUGUUAAACUGUAAAUAGGACCGUUAGCAGGCUAACGUUAGCAGAGUUAGCCAACGGAGCGUUGGAGGAUGACAAGGAGGGUUUUCUAGUUGCUUAUUUUUUAUUUUCUUCCGCUGUUGGGUCCAAAAUGUGCUCACACGAGAGCAGUCGCGUCCUGCUUCUGGAGGAGGAGGUGAAGAACUUAUCAGAGGAGUUAAUUCAGUGUCAGGCAGACAAGGAGUUUGUGUGGUCUCUGUGGAAACGGCUGCAAGUGGCAAAUCCGGACUUGACCCAGGCCGUGAGUUUGGUGGUGGAGCGUGAGAAGCAGAAAACUGAGAUGAAGGACAGAAAAGUGCUGGAGAUCCUGCAGUCCAAAGACUUCAUGAUCCAGGACCUAGAACAGAAAGUGGCAGGGCAGCAGCAGGAGAUUAAGAGGCUGCUGCAGAAGAAGACGGCGCCGGACGAGCAGGAUGGCGCUUUAACGAAGGAGAUGACAACGCUGCGUGCCGAGUUGGACAACAAGAAUCGCCAAGUUGAGGAAAUGAGGACGCAGCAGAGAAAAAAGGAAGAGGAGGAGCAGCGGGUGGUGCGCGCUCUGGAGGAAGAGAAAGAGGGAUUAAGGUCCCGCUGCGCUGCCCUGAGCGCUGACCUGCAGGAGAAACGGAGGCAGGCCGACAGCCAGCGAGACGAGAGGGACGCCGCCCAGGCCAGACUAAAGGCUCUGGAGAAGGAGCUGCAGUGUGUUUGUCAGGAGCUUCCUAAAGUGAAGGCGCAAAGCGCCGUUUUGGCUGCAAAGCUUUCUUCCAAAGAGACGGAGUUAGUUGAAAAACAAGAUCGACUUGAGCAAAUACAGCGUGAUUUUGCUGAAGUCCAGGGUCUGUACAAACAAAGCACGGCGCACGCAGCUGAACAGAGCCACCUGAUCAAGCAGCUCGAGGGACUCAACCUGGACACCCAGAGGGUCCUGAGGAACCAGGAGGAGGCGCACACGGCCGACGCCACUUCCUACCAAGGGCUGUACAAAGAGCUGAGUCAGUGCUACCAGGCUUUGGUGUCCAGCGAGGCUAAACUGCGGCAGAGUCACCAGGAGCUCAGCACCCAGGUGGUCCAGAAAGACGAGCAGAUCUCCGAACUGCAGGCUCAGCUGCAGAAACAACAGGAACAGAUCCAGCUGCUGCAGCAGCACAUGCAGCCUGCAGCUCUCUCACCAAACAGACAAACCAACUUCAAGCAAUUCGCCGCUGCUCCGUCCGAUCGGGCCUCCACUCAGAGUUCAGAUCCAAAGCCAGAGGACAGACGUCUCCCUCAGCAAUCCCCCAGCAGUGUGAAAAGACUGCAGGGUGCACCUGUGCAGCGGUCCAGGUCUCUGUCCCCAGCCGGCAGCGUGAGGUUGGGAAGUGGGAGGAGGAUCGAAGCAGAACAAAGAAUUCGAGACCUGGAGGAGCUGCUGCAACUCAAGACCGGCGAGAACGAGGAGCUAAAGAAAGCUCAUGAAAAACGCCGUGAACGUCUUCGCCUGGUCCAAACCAACUAUAAGACCAUCCGAGAUCAGAUGAAAGAGAUGGAGAAAUCACAUGGCUUGGCAGGUGGAAGGAAACAGCGCCCAGAGCCGUGGCAGCUUCGACAAGAGAACAGUGACGCUGUGUGGAACGAGCUGGCCUACAUGAAAAACCUCAACAAAAAACUCACUGCUGAAAAAGUUGCCCUAGAAGAGGAGCUGGACAUGCUGCGAGUCCAGUCUGCUAUGGACCGAACCACAGCGAAGGAGCUCCGCAUGUGUCUCAGUAAUGAUCAUCAAGAGCUGCUUCAGAAAAUGGCAGAGGAGCAGCAGGUCAAGAGCAGCACUCCGAUCAAACCUCCUCUCUCUUCGAGUCGGCUGAAACAGUCUUUUAAAAAGAUGAAUUCUUUGGAGCAGAGGUUGAUGCUGUUGGAGGAGCAGACAGCGGCGCUGAAGGAAGAGAGGCAGAAGCUGCGUAAGGCCAACGAAGACCUGGCCAACAACUGCCGACGACUCCAAGCCUCCAUCGACUUUCUGAGGAACCAGGAAGCUGACCGGGAGGAGGAGGCCCGGGUCCGGACCCGGGUCUGUGAUGAGCAGCACCGUGGCGAGGUCACGGCUCUGGAAUCCCGACUGGCCGCGGCUCAAAAAGAAAUCGCCAGGCUCAACAAUCACUUGCUGAAGCUGAAGCAGGAGCUGGGUAUCGCCAGAGCAGAGGACUUCUACAGGAACCGAGCAGCAGGCCCGGCGCGGCCGGCCGGCACCGCCAACAUCAGCGCCAAGGUCAAACCGAAGACAACCUGGCACAGAGGCCUUCCACGCCCGCGCCGCCACCCAACAGUCAGCUCCAAUCAAGCCAUCAGCUGGCACGGCCAUAACCUCAGCCCCACUAAGGACGAGUGGGAGGACAUGAGCGCAGAGAGUGACAGUGUUGAGGAGUACUCGGACAGUCUGAACGGGGAGUCCUCUGGGACUGAGCUUCACACGCGGCAAACUCAAGGACAGCCCUACAGGCGGUCGAUUAGCUUCAGCACAGACGCACCAGCGACUGGAUGCAACAGAAAACAAGAUGAUAAACAGCAGGAGCCCUGGGAGCGAGGGACAAGAGGGGAGAAACAGAGGAGGAAGAAGAGGCUGAUGAAGACCCAGCGCUGCUCCUCCUCCUCUCUACAGCAGCGCGUCGAGUCUCUGCAGCGCCACAUAGACGUCCUGCAAAGUGCCAAGAAGGAUGCUCUGCUUGCAGCUAGAGAGCUGCAAGAGGCCAAUGAAGUGAUCAAGGUGCAGCUCGGCUCUCUCACUGUGCAGCUCAACAGCAGCAAGCAGCUCACGCAGAAGCUGACCUCUGACCUGGCUGGUGUGGAGCAGCAGAAAAAGGUUUUGGAGAUGGAGCUGGAGCAGUGGAAGCGGAUUACUCUCCCCCCAAAAGCAGCACCUCAACCAGCAGCACCACCCACCGCACCAGCAAGCAGUGAGUGUUCCUGUCAGGGCAGAACCGGACCGGCCCUCCAGUCCCUGGAGGCGGAGGUCAAACAGCUUCAAGUCAAACUUAAGAGCUCGAACGCUGAAGUCACAAAGCAGAUGGCGGCUAACAAAGCCCUGCGAGGACAACUCCAGGAGAAGGACGACAAGCUCAGCCAGCUGCAGGACAAGGUGAUGCACGCUGAGCGAGAUGUGGCCAUGAAAAGGCAGCUGGUGGAGGACCUGAAGACCAGAUUAAAGGUCCUGCAGGACAUGGAGAGAAGUUACCGGGCUCAGGUGGAAGACCUGGAGAAGAAGGUAAAAACGCUGUCGGACGAGGCCUCCAACAGGAAGGCGCUGAUUGAAUCCCUGAAGAGGAGGUUAAAUGUUGCAACAACAGAGAAAGGCCAGCAUGAGGCGUCCUGUGCAAAACUGAAAGAGGACAUGGAGAAAAAGGAGCAGCAGAUCCAGGCCCUGCAGGCCCGUGUUGGGGCUGGUGAGCAGGCCCUGGCCGUCCUGGAGCAGACCGCCUCCGAGCAAAUGGAGGGGUUGACCCAGCACAGCUCCCAGGCCCUGGACCGGCUUCAGAGACGGCUGGGCCAGGCGGGCUCGCAGGUGGAGCAGCUUCACUACUUCAUCAAGACCCUGGCCAGUGAAAUACUUUUAGACGUUCAAGAGGUCAAACAGCAGCUGAUGAGCAGGAGGAGGCAGAGGCAGGCCAGCUCUGUGGCGGACAAGAGCAGCCUCUCCGCCAAGUCCAUGAUCAAAGCCAAGUCCAUCGCUGCCUCCAUCCUCAAUAUGUCAGAGAAUGAUCUGGCAGAUAUAAUGGGAACGGAUCAGAUGUUGGCCAGCUGCACAGAGACUUCCAGAGACCAGGACUGGUUGGACCACCUGAACUUCAUCCUCCAGCAGAAGAUCCCCUCUGCCGGCCAGCUAAUGGAGGCUGUGCGCGUGAAGAUGAAGGAGAGGAAAGUGCUGACAGAAGAGCUGGCCGCGCUCGCAGCACCAGUCAGCGAAAAACCCUGACUCCCCGGGCUGAGGCCGGGAAAACUGUCAUCCUCUCCUCUUUCGCCCCCUCCACCAGCCUCUUCUCCCGACUUUCCCGCCCGGUUCCUGCUCUGCGCUGGCCGGCCCGAGCCACACGGAGCCGCGGCAGCAGGACCAAUAUUUGUGGAAAAAAAGAAGAAGAAGGAAAGCUGUCGACUCACUCCGGGCCUCCGACUCGCACCCCGACUUUAGUAAAUGAGCCUUCGACAUCUGUGUUAGCGCUCAGCGCGCUCCGGCUGUCAGGCGGGGCCCCUCGGAGCCAAACUAAUUUACGGUGCAGUCCUGAACUCGGAGGGGGGGACAUGGCAGACGCUUACGCUGAUCUUUAACUUACACCUUUAUGAACCUUCUGCUUCCUUUCCCUUUAUUUCAUCCGACUGCUGAAGGCCUGGAGCUGCUGGAGCCAAAAGGACAUUUUGAAACUCAGAUCUGUUGGUAACCUUGGCAAAGUCAAGCAAAAUGCCUUACACUGCAAAAACCAAAUCUAACCACAUAUUUCAGUCUAAUUCUAAGUAUCUUAGUACACUUAAAAUAACACCAAACUUACAAGAAAGUUUUAAGUCAAUAAUUACUUAAUAUUGAUGAAAAAGUUCCAUUGGGAGAUAAUCUGCCAGUGGAACUAAUAUUAAGUAAUUAUUGACAUUAAUCAGGAUCCUGUAUGUUAUAAAAAUACGCUUUGUGUUUUUGCAGUGUAAAAUUAAUCAUUUUUGUUCCAGAGCCAUUAACUCACGUUGGAAAUGUCUGAAUAAUUCAACAAAAAAGUCUCUGGAAAUGAGGUUAUCAUCGUAAUAAAGCGGCAAGCCGUUUUCUGCUGAAUUUUUAUUGUUCCAAUAUUCAACGAUGUCUUAAUUGAGAAAUGAGCCCACAGGAUCACAGAUCCUCCACCCUGCUAACAAUGGAUGCAAGCUGCUUUUUCAUGUUUGUUUUUUGAUUGUUUCACACAUCAGUUACGUCUGACUGAGCAUCAGGGCCAUGCUGAGAAAAUAAACAGUGAAAUUACAAGAAUAAAGAUGAGUUAAUGCCUUUUAGUUUCCAUUUUAUUGUUUCUAUUUCUCAUCCGGUGACCUGGAGUGCUUUGAAAGGCAUUGUCAAAUAAAUGUAUUAUUAUAUUACAAUAUGAGAAUAAAGUCAGUUUUAUCAUAACACUUAUGACUUUAUUCUCAAAAUAUUACAACUUUAUUCUUGUUAUGUCAUCACUUUGUUUUUGUAAUUUUUUCAUUGUUCUGAUAAUUUUAUCAGAUUUUUAGUAUGGCCCUAAUUUUCAGUCAUAGCUUUUAGUCUCUUCUGAUCUAUUUCCAACUUCAACAUACUUAUUUCUGUAGUUUUAUUUUUGUGAUGGUAGGACAGGAACGGUUUUACGUUUCCAGUUGUUUUGACCUCAAGACUCCAGUUUGUGCAUCAUUUGUCUUUAUUAUCUCAUCUUCCUCACUGCCUCUGGUGGACAGGUAAAUAUUAAUAUAGAUAAACAUUUUAUGUUUAUUCCUGUAGGAAACAUUUAGAAUACAAACAUCUUAAUAUGCGACUUUUUUCAUUGAUUCGGUUUUAUUAUUUCAUUAAAAUUAAACGGUUUUUCAUGCUU